AUGCAUUUAACAUACGAAAAUCCUCCAGACGGAAACUUUUUUGGUUUUUUAGAGAACUCCGACAAAAUUCAAUACAGCAAAUAUUAUUCAAACCUUAGUUACGUUCCUAGAUAUGCAACAAAUCAAACUAAAAAUUUUGUAACUAAUUUCAAUGGAAAAAUCGCUAUCUACAAAAAUGCUUAUGCAAAUCGAUUUGGAGAAUUUUCUAUAGGCAAUUAUAUCAUUAGACCUCCGUUUGAUUCAGCAGCAAAUGGAAUUCGCUUUUAUGAAGAUGGCCCUGUAGUUUUGGAUUGUGAUAAAGCAUGUGUAUUCGGACAUGCUUGGAUGUAUAAUUUUGGUCAUUUUAUUCAUGACUAUUUAUCACCUUUGAUGAUAGUUCCAAGCGAUUUCUUGGAAGAAUGUGUUGUUGUCUUAUCAGAAAAAACGAGAAAAUUUGGUGAUGAUGUUCUUAAAGCGGUUGGUGUUCAUCGCUAUAUCUAUCUUUCAAACAACGAAUGGGUUCAUGCCGAUCUUCUUGCCGUUGCCAUUGAAGGUCGUCCAUAUCUUAUGCAUUUUGGUGUUCCUCUGCAGAAACUUGUUGAUCGUUUGAAAAUUUAUUUUCGAACAUUAGAAAUAAAACCAACCAAAUAUGUUAUUAUGAACAGAGCUCUAUCUAUUAGAAGACAUAUUGAUAAUAUUAAGGAUCUUGUGGUAGCUGUUCAAAAUUAUAUAAAAGAAGUAAAAUUUGAAGAAAUAGAAGAUCAACUUGGAUCAAUUGAAUCAUAUGCAAAGUUUUAUCCAUCGAUCAAAUGUGUUUUUCUUCCAACAGGAAGCAACGCAGUUAAAACUAUUUUCAUGCAUCCAAACACAGUUGUUAUCAUUGCAAGCAAUGAGAUGUUUGACUAUGCUGUUGGUUAUUCAAUUCUUUCUGUUCACAUCAAAGUUAUAUAUUUCGUCCAUCUUAAUAAUCACCAUGAUAACUUUGAUGUUGACAUUCCUCUUUCCAUUGAAGCAAUCAAUGUUGGUGUUGAAACAUCAAUUAAGGGACAUUUUCCUAAACCAACACCAAACUAUACAUUUAUUGAUUAUAUACACUAG